AUGGUCGGAUUUUCUAUUUCGUUGUCGGAUUGGUUAAUACUAUUGGGUUGGGGACUCACUGUCGCAUACUUCAGCAGGAUUAUCCACUUUGUCGUCACUGGCGAUGGGCUCAUAACUUUCGAUCUCACUGAGCUCAUUGCAAAGUGGAACGAGGGAGGACAGGCCUUGGGACCUGACUUGAUGAAGCUAUUGCUCACCACGAAUCUCUUAUUUCUCUUCGCUAUCACUGCUAUUAAGCUUUCUAUCUUGGUUUUUUACCACCAAGUGUUCUCCAUAUCCCGAAGAUUCCGGGUCAUGAACUACGCUACAGCAGGUGCCUGCCUUGUGUGGCUCAUUGUCAGUGCAUUUCUCAACAUCUUCCAAUGCAAGCCCGUUUCUGCACUAUGGGAGGCACUUGGAUCGACCGAAUACUGCCUAGCAAGUGGCACGAUGUGGUUGGGACUAGAGGUCACGAAUUUACUCGUCGAUGUGGUUAUUCUAGCAUUGCCCAUCUCCGAAAUUGGCCGUUUACAGCUCAGCACAGCCAAGAAAUGGUUCGUGGUAUGCAUCUUUCUCCUUGGUAGUCUCGUCUGCGUAGCAAGUAUCGCCCGGAUAACCUUUCUCUACCAUCCGUCGACCCCAGAAGCCGUCACUCUCCCGGAAUCGAUGUUGACGGCAUCCGUGCAACUCGGGAUUGCUAUUCUUUGCGCCUGUCUCCCUGCAUAUGGUCCUGCACUCAAGGUGGUCCGCAAAGGAGUCAGCCAAGCCAAGCUAUCGCUGGGGAUGAGUGUCUCCAAGAGGUAUACGUCCGACAAUUCCAAAUAUAAUGUCUCGAAAAACAGCGGAAUGCAUGACUUGGAGGCCUCGCCAUAUUACAUGGUAGAUGGAAAUCCCUCCCUGGCCCACAAUGCUCAGGUACAAAGUAGUAGGGGCAAUUCGCAAACGACGGAUACUAUUCCACUGAAUGCCAUACAGGUCAAGAAGAGUGUUAGUGUAGUCAAAUAG